AUGUGCGUCCUGAAGUGCAUCAAGUACGACUGUAUACAAUGCCAGCGAGCUAUAAGUGGCACUGAGCAACUCCAGGAAUGUCUUGAGUAUAGCCAUGGUAUCAAAUGCGAGACCACCAAUGAGUAUUUCACCGAGUAUGUCUCAGCCGACCAGUGCGAAGUGUGUGAGAUGCGCAGGAUCGAGGCCGAGGCGGCAGAGGAGGAGACGAAGAAGGCAAAUGUGACUUAA